AUGAAGGCCUUCUUUUGCUUGUGCAUCUCACUCCUUCUAACUAUAGGUAGGUCCUUCUAACUAUAUAGGUAUUUUGAAACAGGAUUCUUCUUUUUAAAUUUAAAAUGAGAAAUGGUGGUGAGACGAGAGUUUCUGGGUUUCUUAAGUGCGAGUGACCGUGUUCUAGUCACUCAAGUUCUUAAAGCGUUUCCAUUUCAAAAAGAAAACGCUAAUGUAUAGGCUGUAGAAAGGCUUAAUAUAUGGUCCUUUUCGUAAAAAGACUUUGUUCAACCUCUCCAUUUUCAGUUUAUGUACACAACGCUGCGUUUAAUUUGACCAUGCAGGUCGGAAUGAGUUCACUGUUUCAAAUUAGUAGACCAAGGUCUGUUCUCUCAACAGAAUUGGUUUUCCACGGACUGUUUGAGUUUGCUUUGUUAAGCUUGGCCGUCAUCAUUUCGUACGCUGCACUCCGUUUACUGACCUACCGGGUCUUCCAGACUAAGAGUGUAGAGGUUGGGCGUAGACAAAUUAAAAUGCAAAGGUCUCGUGGUAUUGCUUCAUUUAACACGUUCAUUCUUUUUAAGAUUUCUAAUUUAUCAUCUUGCUUACGAUUUGUGUUUCCAAAGUAUUUCUGCUAAUAAUGCCUCUUUGCCGUUUUAGCAUCUGCUUCAAAUGGCGGAGGAAACAUUACAUUGGAUGUGGAAGCCAGUAAGUAAUUUAAAAUCUCGUAUACAGGUUUGCUAUUUAUAUACGUAAACUGCAUAAAAAUCGCUUACAACGUACUAGCUAAGCUUGCGUUUGGGCUGAAGUAUGUUCUUUUCUCAUAACCAAGAGCUCGAUUUUGGAUUUUUCAAACUUAUAAGCAUAAAUUUAUGCUUUCCAUUGUGUUCCACCUCGUGCGUGUGCAAACUAGUUUGCAAACUGAUUGAAAUGCAUGCAAAGUUACCCAAGAACCAACAAUCAUACAAUCCCUUUGUCUUGGGCCAAGCUUAGAUGGGAUGAAGAGUCUUUGGAGCUCGCAGACAAAGUUUGCUAUCUCAAAAUUUUGACAUAAAGCUGGUCAGAUUUCUUGCAUUGCUUACAUUUGUUUUUUUUCUUCUUCUAACAACUGUUAAAAGCAGACUAAAUUGUCCUUCUACGCUAAUACGCUUAUUUAUUUAUUUAUUUUGCAGUCUUGUAGUAGAUUCACUUUUGUCAAAAGCGCAGAAACACAGUUAUUGAAGUUUUGCAAGUUCGGGAGUUUAAUAAGCAAUUAAAAGUUUGCAUGUUUUACUCUCCUGGGGUCCAAUUGGAAAGGCUGAAAGGAUACUAAGUUAACUAAACUUUAUGAAAAAAAUCGCAAACAAGCUAAUGCAUUCCAAGCACAUUAUGCCAAAUAAUUUAGAAUUAGAACCAGGGCGGAUUCCCACGCACCACGAUGUCUGGAUCACACUAGAAAACACAAUUUGAAAUGAAGAACGCGCUUGAAUAGUAAUUUCCAAGCAUAAGUGCUCUUGAACAAUGCACGUUGACAGUUUCGGCGUAUGAUUAUUUAUAGUUUUCAAAAAUGCUCAAAUCCCAUUCAAAUCAAAUAAAGCAUGUGUUGUUAUGGCAGUCGCUUUUUUAAAAGGCUGAUGUCUGCGAUUCGAAAAAACCAAAUGGUGUCUGAUUUUUGAAAACCAGCUAAAACCGUAUAAGCUAACUUAAGCCAGAACCGACGGGCACUGUCUUUCAUGAACUGGCCAUUAUCUUUUGGACACAAUAAAACUCUUUUGUUCCGCCGAAAACAGGAAAAUUAUUUUUCUCGAAAGUUAUCGGUAUUGCGACAUUUUGUCAUGAAGGCCGACUGGGCUGGUGUUCGCAACGUGUUGUGGACAUUGAGAAUAACGCAAGACAUAGUCUUUCACUAAAACAAUUCUUCUUUCGUCUCAAAACAGAACCGUGUUUCCGCAAGAACUAAAGCAAAAAGCUAGUAACGAUUGCAGUGGAACUGAAAUAUGGCCAUUAAACAUCGGAUACGUCCUUUUGGCUUGUAAUUGAUAUCGCGCUUGCUUUUCCAACCCUGAUUGCUAUGAAUUAGCUCUAGUAGUCUAUUUAAAUUUUUCAUCUCAUUCAGAGAGUAUUUUUGUGCACGUAGCGGCUCCCUGGUUUGAGUGGAAAAAUGAAGGAAAAGUUGAAUGCCAUUAUCGUUAUCUUUUUUAAAAGCCCAUCGGGCUCCUUUAAGGCUUGAUGAGACAAAUUUUUGUCUCUUUGGAAAAAUGCAGUGCCUUUUUAGUGGUUUUGCCUUCAUUCGUUUGAGUUUGAGAAUGGAAACUAGCGCUAAAAGUUUUUCAUCAUCGAAAUCUGAUUUUUUAAAGAAUAAUUUUUCUCAACUAAGUGAAUGAUUAAAAAAAAUUUUGUUGCUCAAAAAAGUGCAAUACUGAACAUGUGCUUAUUUUCAGUACAAAUCUCUUACCUUUGUUUUCCCAUCCAAAGAUGAUAAACAAAAUUAAUGGAAAAUAACGAAACCAUAUCGGUUUUAUCUGACCACACUUAAAAACCAUUGUUAACUGUAUUUUGUUUUUCUAAAAGAUGAUAUUCCAGAUGGACAAAACAAUUCCACGAACGGAAGAUAGAUAAGGUUUUAAACCAGGACACAAUAUCUAAAAAUUAAGGCCGAAAUUAAUUGAAAACGGUUAAUAGCAAAGACCACAAAUAUUCAGUCCUAGGCCAGUAUUUUAGGCGGUUCUUUGAGCUCCCUCUAUAAUGUCUUUCGCCUUAAUUGAGACUAGAACAAUCUUUCUCUCCAUCCAUUAUAAAAAUCACCUAAAUUUCACAAGUAACUUUCGACCAAAAAAAAAAAUUGCGAGAGAAAGUUAUUGAAAAAUAUUUUGGCAUUUACAAUUCGUUGAAAAAGAUUGGUAGUUAUUGAAACAAAUACAAGACUGUUUCCAAAGCCUUGCCUGAUUGAAAGCCAGACAGUGGUUUUUCUAUAAACAAAAUCAUAACGCGAAUCAUUGGUUUUUAAUUAAUGAUUCCACCCUUAUUUAAUCAACAGUAUGUUCUAGUUGUUAUCAACCGAUCACAUUUUUAAAACGAGUUCAAAGUCCCUGCCGCCCAGGCAAACUGUCAUGCAUGGCUUCAGUUUGAAAAUAUAUAUAUAUAUAUAUAUAUUGUACUGUUAAGUUAUGGAAAUUGAUAACAGAGCUCAAGUUACUGGGAAAACAUCCACAGAGGAAACUUCGGUACCAGGGUCCUCUGCUUCUCGGGCCCCUCUCUUGCCACGGGGGCCGAGUAGGAGAGGACCCUGGGAACAAGGUUGCCACGCAGAGGCUGCAGCAAAUUAAUCAUCUGGUUUCCCGCCUACACCUCACUUGAUUUCCUAGCAACUUUUUGACCAAUUACAAAUCAAGUGAUUAAUCUAUGAAUAUGGCAUUAGUGAGAAGCUUCCAAUCAAGUUUGCAAGACGAUGUCGUAGUCUAUUGACGUAUAAAAAAUUAGAAAAGAAAGAAAGAAGAACAACAAAAUAGGAAAAAAGGAAAAAUUAAUUUUUUGAGGAUCGAAGUGACUAAAGAAGACUAAUUCUAAGAAAAGAAAAAACUUGAUCAGUACAGUGAUAGUAUGGUGGACAACAUUCGGCUUGCUGGAAACACUGUCAGUGGCAUGUACGACACCAAGCAUUCGAUUUGAUGUUGUGUAGCAGUAAACUUUCCGAAAACUUUAUUUUGAAAUAGUAUCUGCCAUGUUCCUCAUGCUAAAACCCCAGUGGCUGGAGGAAAAAAUCUCUUUUAGCCUGCAUGAGAAUUAACAUCGAGAAAGAGUUCGUGAGUGAAGCUUUUGAAAAAUUAUUAUUUUCUGCUACAGUACUUAGAAUAAAAGAAAUAUUGAAUUGUCUCUUUUCGCAUUAAACUUGAAUAUUUUCUUGUCCAUAGUAGAUGGCAACGUAUAUAGACUUGGGCCAAAUUAUUUUCACUGAACAUUGCACUCUUCUUUUAUAGAAAUUGCAGUUGUUUGCGAUCCUGAUUACAUCGAAGUAACGUUGAUGACGGCAGAUUAUCCAGGCAUCAUCGUAAACGACUCGUUGCUCCAUCUCGCGGACGCCUCUUGCGUUGCUGGAUACAAAGACGACGACAUGAUCAAAUUCACUUUCGGACUUGAAGCCUGCGGCACUGAACAAACGUCGGAUGAAAAGAGAAUCUUGUACAACAACAAAAUUUACUUGACUGCUGACGAAGAAUCAGAUGACGAUGCUAUAACUCGCAAGCAUAUGCAAAUCAUUCCUUUCCAGUGCGGCUAUGAUAAGACGUAUACGAUUUCCAAGGUGUCGUAUAGUCCCAGGACCACCAUGAUAAUCACCGAUGCAGGUAAUGUGAGGAGUUUAAGCUUUCUGCAUCCAAGGGUUUAUGAAUACAUAUCACUGAUGUCAGUAGCCUGCACAAAAUUUCAGAGAAGACGUAUAAGAACAAGAGAGAAUAAUAUAUGAGGAGAUAGUGAGCCUCAACGGUAAGAGAGAAUCAUAUUCAUGGGGCAGGUAGUGACUCGUAGGGCAUUGGCUGGGAUAUGUGAAUUUCACUAAGGUUCCUUUUUAGAAGUUGUAAUAAAAGUGAAGUCUAAUUAUUACUGGGACGUCUGCUCAUUUGAAUUGAAACGUCACCAGGUCGUUACGCGACUGCCUUAAAGCAAAGAAUAUUGUAAUGGUGACCUACCAAGAGAGCAUAUAUCCCAUAGUUUUCUCUUGACAACACUAGCUAAGUUUGCAGCUCUCCUCGAAAACCGAUUUCAAAUUAAUUUCUAGCGUUUAUUUGGUCUAAAAAUAUCUUUGGUGAGUUUCACACAUCCUAAGGGCUCAGAAUAGGAAAUUUCCUUCUCUCUCCCAAUAUUCAGCUCUCUUGCCCUCAUUUAUCCCUUGUGUUAAACGAUCUUAAGGAAAAAAGUAAUAACAAAUACCUGAAGAAAAUACUACAAGUUCGGCCACUCUCUUAAACACUUACCCUAAAGCAAGUCAAAUAACAGCGGAAGGAACAAACGUGACGUGGAACAGUCGGUUCUUACAGCAAGAACCAUCUUUUAUAAACAUAAUAACAAUACAAUUGGAAAGUGUUGUUUACACUUGUCGACACUUGAGAGUUCACGCACAGACUUACCAUAUGUGCAUUAUAGGAUUAAUGUUUUGAGUAGGUUUGAUUUUAGGUGUUGAUUUUCUUGAGUAGGCUUGAUUUGAAAGGGUAGUAAUAGCCUGUUACUAACAUAAUCUGUUUUCGUUUCUAGAGGGUUAUGGCAACUUCACAUACGAAAUGUUCAUGUACGAAAGCGAAGAUAUGGAGGACAAAGUCGAGGAAUUUCCAAAAGCGGUUGGUCUGGGCCAACCAAUGUAUUUCGGUUUCCAAGUGACCUCUGCCGAUAGCCAACUGAACGUUUUCCCUGAUGUGUGCAAAGCAACUGCAUCGUCCGAGUUUGAUUCCACCCCAGAUCACCUUAUCAUCGAAAACGCGUAAGUCCGACUUUUUGGGUCCUUUAAACGAAAGGAGAGUUGUAGAAAAUUGACACAGCUCCAUGAUGGUUUAAGAGACAACGCCAUCGAUCUUAAAUUUCGCUUGAAUAGUCGCUAUUAACAGUAUUAAGACGGACUUCAUGAUCAACGGAGCCAACAGCUAAAACUACAUCAGUUACACAGAAUAAUAAAUAGGUCUAGAAAGAAGUAUCACUCAGUAGCUUUUAUUUGUCAUGGGUAACUACUUGAGACUCUCAUCCACAGAAUCAAAACCUAGAUGCAAUUAAGCAUGGUUAUUUGGCCGAGUACCACAGCAAAGUACUUCUCGGCAGUUUCACUCGAAUCGGGUCACACUUGCGAAUUUGCCGCGCGGGCGUUACAAUAACCAUAACGUAUUUCUUUAUAACUGACUCCGGUUCGUUUCAGUGCAGUUAUUCUGAUAGAAUACCAUUUCCCUUUUCAACUUGAAAACAUAAUAAAACGCUAUUAUAUCAUGUUUUUUCCUCUUAUCCAGUUGUUCCAGGGACAACACUUUGAAGUACACUUACACAAAGGGAGCCUUCCAUAACUUCAGCGUCUCUGCUUUCCGAUUCAAGGAAAACUACGACGACGUCUAUAUCCAUUGCAAGCUGACGGUCUGUCGCGAAUCUGAUACAGGAUCGCGCUGUGACCGAGGCUGUGAGGCAAGCAGAAGGCGAAGGCGAUCAAUCCAGGAAGAUUUCAGCGCUAAAGUACGCAUUGGACCACUGAGCUACAAGAGCAUGGCGGACAAGAAGGAUGGUAUGUGUAAUUGCCUGUUUGUCCAUCUCUAGCAGCAAUACCUCCUCAGCAAUUGAAAGUACUGCUGCCCAGUAGCUUUAUUUUCAAUGGAUGGUUGCAUUUCAGGAUUAGGUCUGAAAUACCGUUAAAUAUAUUUUGUCGUAAGACGUCAAAUGAACUUCGGUUUCAUUUGUAUGGUCCCAUUAAUAGAGAUCUUUAGAUUCUAAGACAAUUAAGAACAACUACGAGAACGAGAUCUUCCCAAUACGCAGAAACCAACGUCAUUUUGGCGGGAAAAUGUGGUAGCCGUCGUCAGUCUACUACGAGUUUUAGCAAGAAUGUCGUGGUGAGGAAAACAAGUUAUCAAUGCAAAUGUAUGUUAGAAAUUUUGCCAUUUAGCGAUCGGGAGAGGCUUUACCUCCUUCAAUGAAAAUAAGCGGCUAUAAAGGUGAAAAAAAAGUACAUUGAAGCUUUCCGGAGUGUCUAUUUUUGAGAAUAGGCGAGAAAACUUAAAAUUUUAAUAAAAAUAUCGUUCUCGAAGUCGCACUCGUCCUCGAAUCUAAAGUUCUCUUUUACCGACAUGUGUCAACCAUCCUAAAACUCCAUUCAGCCACGUCCCCAGGGCUUUUCCUUUAUAGAAUGGAAGGGGUGGGAGGGACCGGAAAAGGUAUCACGCCCCGCCAGUUUUCUUAGGUAAGAGCCCUGGAGACGAGGUUGGUCUCCCAGGUGUGUUCUCAAGUUUAACUCCUCCCUAACGUACCAUCCAAGAUGCGAAGACUGGAUUAUCUUACAUGGGAAGAGUACCUCAAAAUUGCAUUGGGGUUUCCUUCACUGAGCUUAAGUUGAGAAAAGGGCUUUUUGAAUGGAGGCUCUUUUGGUUAGACAGCGUUAGGUAAAAGUAAAAAAAUAAUAAUUUUUCUCUUUUCUUUCCUUUUCUGUAGUUGCACAGGAGGAGAGUAGUGGUGCUGCAGCUAGUAACAGCAUGGUGAUGAUCGUCGCAGUGUUGGUUGGAAUUUUAGGCACCGUUGCUCUCGGGCUUGUGAUCGCUGUAGUCGUCCUGGGCCGUCGUCGUCGCUAUGCUGCCGUAAACAAAGGCGCCCAUCUGAUCGUCGCCGAAGAAAUGUGAACGAGUCAAUGUUUUUUAUCAGGAUUUUAGUGACACUGCUCUGUUUCAUUAAUCAACUAGCCAACACAGUCAAGGAGUAACUUUCAAAUUCGAUUGAAGUGUACUUUUUUCGCCAUAAGAGCUCGAUCGUUCCUUUCCAUUACUGACUAGGAAGCUGAUCAUUUUACUUUUUUAUGUUUUUUUAAAGAAUUUUGCUCAAUUUAUAAAGAACGAUUUUUACAGGCCGCUAAAACCAAAAAACAGAAGUGGGAAGGGUUGGUAUUGCAUAUCAUUGAGAAAAUGGCCUGCUGAUCAUUGAUGUCCUUGAGGUGUUAACAUCUUACUGGCUUCUAAGAAAUCAUAUCACGGUACCCUUAAAAGGAUAAAGGGGUGCACAUUGUCAUCAUCAUCAUCAUCAUCAUCAUCAUUUUGAGUUUUCUCGUGCACCGCACCUUUUAAGGUUGAACAAAGUUUAUUCCUGUCACCUUAUGUUUGAGCUCCACCUGUCUCGAGAUAACAAGGCAAAGUUUUAUAGCCAUGAAGGUUGCUAUAAGGUUGUGGAUUUGUGUGAAACGAAAAAAAAAGCUGUGGAGCUUUCCAGUUUCAUACCGGUUUCCAGUCGUUCUUUAUUCACUUGAGCAAAAUGAUCUGUUUUUUAAGAACUUUGAACAGUGUGUAAUUCUUUUUACGAUAAUGGGUAAAAAUAAAGGAUGCUCACUGAGCUUUUAAAUGCCCGACAUACUUUCUGAAGGCUGAAAGGUUUAGGGGGUUUCAGUUAAAAAAGUGUGAGAUAUUUUAAAUUCAACUAUUUCAUUUUGAGAUAUUUCAAACUCUUUGCCCUGCUACCUCUAGGAAACAUCGCUAAAGGAUAGAAACCCAUAACCCGAAGUGAGCAACUCCAAUAAGAGUCCCAUAUUACGGAAUUAGGUUUAUCCUAACCGGCUGAGUCACAAGUCUAUUUGAGAGCGCGUGAUAGGAAAAGUUAUAAUUCAAGAGUCAAUCUAUUGGGAGAACACCUAUUGGCUGACUGAAACACAUCUCCGGUGCAGUUGUCCAUCUCCAAUCGGGUGCACACUCACAUCCGGUCCUUCAUUACUUGAAAACUGCACCAUAAAUAGUCUGACAAAAGUAUCCCAACCUGUAUUGUCUGUACGCACUCUCACGGUUUUCCUCCUCACGAUGACUCCCCGGUCUGCGGCAGGAAGUAGGAACCAUUAGCGCGCUACAGCCCAUCGAUACUGACCUUGAUACCUAUUAACAUACCGUUUUAAAACCUUCCGGCGCCUGGUCAUGUUAAACUUGCCGAUCUUACAUAAGGUCGUAGGACAGGUUUGAUUUUUUAUAUCAGUUUAAUUUCUUGUUUAACGUAUAACUGAUAACCAGGAGUGAACAUCUCCCAUACAAGGCCUCUGGGUUGGAGUUUUCACGAACCAGUUAAUUUUUAGAUAUAUGUUAGAGCUCUUUUUCGCGCGAAAAUGGAAGCUGUACUCCGUUUAUGAGCGCAUUUAAAGUAUAAAGUAUGGAAAAGGAAAACUAAAUGUAUUCGAAAGUGCAAAAAUACGUUUCUAAGGUUUUUGACUGGUUUGUGGGACAAAAUAAUGACGAUACUCUUUAUUCUUACCAUAAUCUUUCUAGAAAUAAUCGAGUUGGUUAAACUCGCCUUGACACGAGAACAUGGAAGUUGCUCUGUCCGUGUUAUGAGCUUCUGGUUUGACCUAUCAAUAGCUACGGUAUAUGUUUAAUUGAGGUCGCGGAUAAUCUGUUAAUGGUAAUUUGCUAUAUUCUUUUAUAGGAAAGUAGACUCAUUCACUUGUUUUAUGCCAUUAUCAUUUGCACCAACUGAGAAAACUCAGUUUUCGUUUUGUUUUGCUUUUGUUUCGAUUUUAAUUUGUCGUUGAUAUUGUACAGUUGUUGUUUUCUGCGGUACUAUUUAUUAUGCUUCAUAAUGUGCUGUCAAUGGAAUUGUGGUUAGCUGGGCUGUGAAUAAAAUCCAGGUAAACGGCGUAGACUUUGGACAAAAAGCCGGUCAGAAAAUGGAAAUACAUAAAUGGCAAACAGCAUUGUCGUUUACGGUUUAGCCACGUGGAGUCUAGACUUGUUUAUAAACACGAAUGUUACAGUUUAUAUUCCACGUGACUCUCCUCCAAUCACCUCCAAGUAGGAGCCAACAUCAUUUCUAAAUACAAAUUAGUCUUGCAUUUUACUAACAACAUAAACAAAAACCUCACUCACAAAAACGCGUGUAUAUAAAACGAGUUAACUGCACAUUCUCAUGGUCGUUUUCUCUACUAUGCACGCUAGUAUUUAAAGAAAAAAAAUUCACCGGAAAUGUCUGAAUAACGUUAUUGCGCUGUUAUACUAGUUACUAGUCCUUAAUGUCCGCGACUCCCGCUAACCAGCGAAGAGAAAGAGAGAGAGAGAGAGAGAGAGAUGGCAGUAGGGCGCUUAAGCAAAAAGGACGUUUUUAAUCAACGGACGGCAGCCGGAAGUGAUGUUUUUGCAUUCCUAGACGGUUGCUCAGUCUAACCAUAGUUAUUAGAGGAGACUGGUUAUGAAAAGCGGCAAACAUCAAUGACAAAAACAACAGUGCUGCAGUUUAUGUUGGAAGCACCCUGAAAGUGCACAAUCCUUUGUUUUCUGUUGGCAAAUUGUUUCGGAAUAAAUUAAUGCAACGUUUUUAUUGGUCAAUACAAUCAAAAUGAUAGGAAUUCUCUUGAAAGUUGUGCACUUUCAGGUCCACAAAAACAUAUAACAAAGGAGUCUGACGGGUUUCAUAACCAUUCCACUCACUUAACUAUGGUCUAACGUUUUGAGUAAAGAGACUCAGCAAAACAAAUUUGAUAGUUUGGUUUCACACCAUAUUAAAAAAUAAAAUGCCCCUGCCCUCCGGGUGACGUACGUCCAUCAAAAACAUCUUUUCUUUAAAGGAGGUGUGUCACGAAAUUUAUCAAAAUUCAUACAGUAAGAGUUGCCACCAAACUGGGUAAAGCAUAGAAACAACGGCUCAAAACAUUUAAAGAAGGUAUAAACAACGCAGCGAUGGGUCGGGUGGACAAACCUGAUGUAGAUUUAAAGGGACUGCAAUUGCCCUUUUUGAAAACUUGUUAGGCUAACAGUUUUUCAAAUUUCAUUUUUGCUGUUUGUAACAUCUGAUAUAAUCCUUUAGGCUGGAGAUACUUUUUGUUACCAAUUUGUGGUUUUGUCUUUUACAAGUAAAUGUUUUGGUUAUUUCAAGUUCCCGAGCAAAUAAAGACGCGUAAAUAUUAAGCCAAUGAACUGGACAGGCAUGACGCUGCCACUCCCCUUAGGGAAGUCUUUACUAUCAUUAAGUUGAGGUAGCGAACAUUUUUAAACCAUUCCGUUGUUGUCUGAAACAAUUUGAAAGAUAAAAUCUAAAUGUGGCAUGCCAAAAAAUAUAUAUACAUAAACUUCGUUUUGAGUUAGGCCGCCCUAUUAAAAUUCACCGUCCCUUUCUACAAGAUCACGUGGAUCAUCCAUGGAGUAAUUCAAAUCAAGAGAGAACGAACUCUCGAGAAUGAGCUCUAGUUCUUCGUAAAAUAAGUCGCAUUAAUGAGUUGUAGGAUCUUACCUUGGUGGAACGACAAGAUUUAUUCCACAUAGCAACAAAUAAAACUGAUGAUGUCUGGCAGUUUGCGAUGUAAGCUAGAUUCUUCUGAUGAUAUCGAAAGCGCGGUAACCUCAAUAGAAAGUUAAGUGUGUUAUAAGUUCUUCAGAAAACUUUUGUUUCACUGUGUCAGUAAAAUGCAAAGCAAUUUGAGCCUGCUUGUUCUACGCUAAACUGAAGUCCUGAGGUAGUUUUUCUUUUUCUUUCUCCAUAGAAUAAAGUCGUAGAUUGGAUCAUGUCUUGUCAUGUCUUACGUAUACAUUUUCACUGUGAACACAGAUGGACAGCAAAGAAACAGUGCGUAAAAAUAUACAAUAUGUUGACAUUCUUAUAAAUCAAAACUUUGUGAAAAAACCUUUCCUUGUUAGGUGCUAAUGUGUGGUAAAAGGAUCUUUUAGCACAAAACAAUAGUAAGAGGCGAAACCAAAUAGGCUCUUUUCACUGCGACACAUAAUUCAUUGAUUAAAAACCAAGCUAGAACACAGCUUUACGCUAUACAAAGCAGAAUUAAGCAGUUUAUUUGUAUGCUUCACGCAAUGACUUUUCAAGUGGAGAGAAUAUAUGCACUGUUAUUCAAAUAGCCAGUGGUCACACUGUUUGAGUUGAUGCCAUCCUGCGGUCUGUUUACAAUUGGGUUAAAUUUACAGGUGUGCCUCGUGUUUAAUGACAACUAGAAUUUUCGUCAUUUACCUCCAUUUAGCCCUGAGAUCAAACAAAACCGCGGCGAACUGCUUCUGACAAGAACGGCGCACUGGCUUCGUUGCGGACGCCACCGCUCUUAUCAGUACAGUUGUGGAAUUUCAUCAGACCAUGCCAUGCGGUAUUUUGCAUCUGGAUAUGACAAGCAGAAAUGGAUUUGCUGCAGUUUUUGAAGUUACUUCCCUUGACUGUUAUUUUCGCAUCUUUCCCCGCAACGAUAGAGGCAAAUAUUAAUGGUAUGUUAUGCAAUAUUAUGAUCAAACAAGUUAUAAAACUAGACCCAAAAAAGUUUGGCACUAGUCAGUUUGACUAGCGUUGCAAGCAGGCAACGAUUGAUCGAGAAAACCAAAAAUCAGAAAAGGCAAUCUCCUAGCUUUUACAAUACUUUUUUUUGUCGCUUAUUUUAUUGGUUUUACGUGGAUUUUACUCUUCAUAACACUUUCAAGACUUUAUUUUAUCCUCUCAUGUGCAACAUUUCGCCCACAAAAAUAAUUAAUUUCGAUCUAUAUUGACCAUGACUGUCGACUAGCUUCAUUCUGUUCAUUAUUUGGCAUUGCACGCGGUUGAUCCUGCAUGAAUAAAACUGACUAUGAAUAAUCUCAUAUCAGAUACCAUUUGCAAAUUUGAAUCGAAUGAGUGCCCAAGUAUCAAAUAUUGUAUUUCUAAUUCUAAAAGAAACAGAUUUCUUCAUUGUCUUAACUUCUUCAUUCACUGCCUCUACUUAAAAUCUCAAAUUAAAUAAUGGCUGCCUCUUAAUGAUCGCCGGUGUACUGCACAAAGCUCAGUUAGUCAACAGAUGAGAAAGGUACAGACUGUUCAUAAUCGCCUUAUUUGCAAAAGAAUGGCCCCCUAGUUUAGAGGAUCUCAGUUUGGAAACAACUUGCAAUUUGUUUAUAGUUCGCGUGAUUGAAAUUCUUUAUUUAACUAUACAUACAAUUAAUUUGCAUUUCUGUACACGACCAGGGAUUGUUUAUUAAAUACAUUUCAGUUUCAAUUAGUGCUUCAUCUGCUCAGUUUCCGCGGUAUAUAUGUACACAGACUUGGCAUCAUCGUUUUGAUAGAUCUAAAGCUCCUAAAUUAUAGGCGAUUGGCGCCCUAAGGAAGUUUUGUUGGCACAACACGUACAGGGAAACAUGGUUAUCAAGCGGGGGACGGAUACAUUUCUUUUUAUAAUUACUCUAUUAACUUUUUAAACUAUUGCAAACUAUGGACGCUUUUAAAUGGGAAAUCCUGAUUUUAGUAUCCAGUAAAUCCAAAGACAGAAUUCGUCAAACAGAAUAGCUUCCUGCAAUUCGAAAUUCGAUUGGGAAACCAGAAGCUCCCUAGUGUUUACACAACUGAGUCAACAGCUACUGCUAUGGGAUUUGGCUCUAUAUUUGAGUUUGUAUCGUGUAUUUAAGCAAAUGGUUAUAGACUCAUGAUUGUGGACAGUUGUACAAAAAAAUGGUGUCGGUACCGUUAACAUCAAUCCAAAAUGGCGAAUCCAAAAAUAGCGGGAAUAAACAUAAUGACCUCACUUGACACGAAAAGAUGCCACAAUUAAUAGGCUUAUGCAUUACCAUCUUGAUAUGACAAAUAACUAAGAUAAGUUGUGUAUCAAAGUUCUAUGUUGCAUUUAUGCUUGGUCUGAAAAAUAGCGAGGUUUUUUAUUUACUAGUAAGAUCAAGGCAGAUUGCAUGCAAGGAGGCGAUCAAACUCGCGCUUAAUGACUUACAACUAGUAAUAACCAAAAGUUAGGGAUUGCUGGCGAGAUCUAUUGAAAGUCAAAAACGCCCUUGCUCCAACGCUAUUUUUUGCCUAACGUUUCAUGUGAUAAAAGGUUUAAACGCGCGUGAUCAGAUUGCGCUCUAUGCAUUCCAAUCAUUCCUAGUGGAAGUCCAAACAAACGCUGACUACACACGUACACAUGCUGCGCAUGCCUAAAAAAAACCUGGAGAUCAGGGCUUACGGGCUCUUCUCGUCGCCCGCAAAAAUAAUGGUUUAGAGGAUUCCUAAGCUUGAUUUCGUUUUUGUAUUUUAGCUUGCUCUCCAUCAAAUACCAACAUUGAAAUUGACGCCCAGCUUCCUGGAGAAAUUUCAACGCCUGCUUUCCCAAAUGACUAUUCUGGGGGUUCGUGCAUUUGGAAGAUUCAGGCGCCAGUCAAUUUUCGUCUGGCAAUCACCAUCGAAGUCCUACAGUUCGAGAACUGGGACGACUACCUUGUGAUACGAGAUGGUGAUGGCUCCUCAAGUCCCUUGAUUGGCAAGUAUGGCCCUUGUGCAAGCGGUUCUGUUACUUUGUUCUCGAGUGGGAGAUCAGCUUUUUUACAAACGGUGUCUGCUGUUUUCAGUUCAAGUGAUAAACUUAGCAUCUCGUAUAGGGCCAUUGAUCCAGGUAAGACUGAGCUACAAUACUUGUUUUGAAAGAAAAACGCAAAUUUGCAUGGUUGAUUUAUGGUUUGUUCACGCAUUUUACAAUCAUUGCAUAUUUUGAACUGAAGUUGCCUCGUACCCUAUCGUCACCACUAUUAUCGUCAUCAUCAUCAUCAUCAUCAUCAUCAUCAUCAUCAUCAUCAUCAUCAUCAUUACAACAUGAUCAUUUUUGGCAAUAUUGUCUUCAACAUCGUUACGGUCGUUGUCAUCAGUCUGCUUUUGUGUGUGAUUAUCUGAUGAGAAAGAAAAGAAUAUGCCUUGGGGAGAAAAGACAUCGUAAAAUGCUAACAAACAUUUUAUAGUAUGUUCAGAAACGAAAGCUGCCUGCUGCCUCAGUUCGCUAUUUUUAUUUUUCCUUUUUCAAUGAAGUUUUGGAUGUAGACUUAAAUGUUCAUAUGAAUUUAUUCCAAGGAGAUUCGGACCAAAGAUUCGUUACAAGGAUCUGGUUAGACUACGAAAAACAAAACGAGUGUGAAUAAAAGGAAGAAAGAUGAAAAUACUUAGCGACAACAUACUUACAGGAUUUGAAGGCUCGAAGGAAACGUGAAAAGACUUUAGGCCGUGUGAACGAACAGAACUCGACUAGAACUUUACCUCAAGAUUUUCGAGCGAGCACAUGCCCCAGACCAUAAUAUUACAACGACAUAUAAAUGACGUAGUUCUUCUACCAGUCCCGCGCGGGCAAAAGACGGGAAAAACUUAACAGAUACAAGAAGAACGUUUUGAAACCUACAUUCCGGCCCCUAAAAUCGUAGGCAAUAGCAAAGGAUUUUAAAGGAAACUUGACCGAAACAAAACGUUAAAUCUAACAGUUCUCCAAACAUAUACAAAGUUCGGAUCAUAGUUCAGUUCAGCACUGCUUCAUUCCCUCUGACAUCUCCACUGACUCCAGGAGAACGAUCUUAUCGACAGGGCGAUCAUAUUGCGAGGUUCUGGUCUUCACCGUUACACUCCUCACAUGUUCAUCAGUGCUGUUCUUGCGCACACUGGUAAUUCGACCAAGAGGCCAAGAUGAUCUCGGUACUCUAUCGUCGACCACAAGUACUAUGUCAUCAACGGCGAAGUUCCUUGACGGAUAAGUCCAUUUCUGCCUCUCUUGCAACUGUGGCAAGUACUCUCUAAUCCAUCUCCGCCAAAACACGUCGGCUAAAUAUUGAACUUGGCGCCAUCUUCUUCGGGAAUAGCCAUCCUCUUUCCUGAACACACCUGGGGGAAGUCUUGGGCCCGACCGUAGCAACAGCAAAUGACUCGGCGUGAGAGCUUCAGAAUCUGACGGGUCAUCAGAUGACUUCGUUAUGGGACGCCCAUUAACAAUUGACUCCACUUCACACAUGAGGGUAGUCAACCCUUCAUCAUCCAGCGGCUGUUCCUUCAUAAGUGCAACGAGAAUCUUUCUGACAGUUCUAAUACAACGUUCCCACACGCCACCGAAAUGGGACCCCGAUGGUGGGUUAAACAGCCACUUGACAUUUCUUUGCAAGAGGAACUCAUGGAUCUGACUCUUGUUCCAACCAGAGAUAGCUUCUCGGAGUUCCUUGCACCCGCCAACAAAAUUUGAACCGUUGUCCGACCUCAUUACUUCAGGAACACCUCGCCUUGCGAUAAAGCGGCGCAUGGAGUUCAAGAACGAAUCAGUGUCCAUACUCUGGGCGACUUCCAAGUGUAUGGCUCUGGUCGCCAAACACGUGUACAAGACUCCAUAACGCUUAACUUGACUUCUAGCCCUCUUGACCCAAAACGGACCGAAACAAUCAACGCCCACAAAACUGAACGGGGGUUUGUUAGGUGUGACUCUGUCAGCAGGAAGAUCGGCCAUCUUCUGAGUUUUAAACGGAGCCUGUCUUCGCCUACAGCUAAAACAACGGUUUACAACUCUUCUCACCGCGACUCUUCCUUUGAUAAUCCAGUAACUCUUUCUGAUCAAAGAGAGCACAUAUUCUUGACCAGAAUGUCCAGAAAGCAAGUGAUAAUGCCUGACGAUCAAAUCUACAACAUGAUGUUUCUUAGGCAGUAUUACAGGGUGUCUUUGCUCCUGUUCAAUUGGUGCAUGCCUCAAUCUUCCUCCCACACACAGCAGGCCAUCGCGCAGCUCAGGAUCCAACUUGGCGAUUGAACUUGAUUUCUUGACGGAACCUGUUCUUCUGGCUCGGACUGAUUUCUUGAGCUCAACUUUUGAUUCUUUACCUUGCAGACACACCAACUCUUCUCUAAAGCAUUGCCUUUGUACAUACUUCAAGACUUCUAUCUCAGCAGAGUGCAUUUCUUCUACACUGAUGGGACUGGGUAUUUCGGAGACGAGUACUUUAGCUGUGCCUUCCUUCCGCCUGCGACACUCGCGCAGAAGAUUAGAACGGUAACGCAAGAUCCAUGCCAUCAAUUUCUUAAGCUUAUACCACGAGGAACAGGACUGCACUGCUCGGUUUAAGAAGUCAGCUUCAACUGUAGACGCUAUUGAGAAAGUUUUCCUUUCCCGUUUCACCUCAGGAUCAUCUUCCUUUAUUUCCACAGAAAUUUCAGGUCGCUUAGGCCAGCGGUCCUCUGCUUCCCACAAAAAGGGAGGGCCAUUAAUCCAGCGGCUUUGGUGGAUGAUGUCUUCAGCUGAAAGCCCUCUGGACGCAUCGUCAGCUGGGUUGGAAUCUGUGUCAACAUAGUUCCACUGAUCUGGUCGCGAUCCUUCAUGGAUUGUUGUAAUUCUGUUCGCGACGAACGUCUGAAAUCUCUUCUCUUUGUUCGUAAUAUAGCUCAACACGCACGUGCUGUCCGUCCAAAAGAACUCUUCUUCUAGUGCUACAUCCAACUCAUGUUGCAUCAUCUUGUUCAAUCUGGUAGCAACCACAGCAGCUGAAAGCUCCAGACGAGGAAUAGUAACUGACUUCUGGGGUGUUUGUCUCGACUUCCCCAUCAAAAAGGCACAAUGGACAUUUCCAGCUUCAUUGACGACUCGAAGAUAAGUAACAGCACCAUAACCUUCACCUGAUGCGUCUGAGAAAUUGUGAAGUUGGCUAGACACUAUGCGGCCAAAGUUCUUGGGCCUUAAACAACGUUCAACGGCGAACUGUUCGAGUUUUGGAAGUUCCUGCAACCAAUCUUGCCAACGCUUUAAAUCUUCAAGGGGAAUUCUAUCAUCCCAAUCCAAUCCCUUCCGGCACAGAUCACGCAGAAUUGCUUUCGCAGGCAGAAUUAAUGGUGCAACAAACCCUAGAGGGUCAUAAAUUGAGCUUAUGACGGAAAGAAUACCCCUCCUCGUUGGGGGUCGGUCCUUCACUGCAAUCUUAAAACGGAAGGUAUCUGACUGGACAUCCCACAGAAUGCCGAGGGCACGCUCAACAGGCAAGUUCUCGAGAUCGAGCUCCUUGACGGAACUGGCUCUCUCGGAUACUGGGACUGACUGGAUGACAUCGUAGGCAUUUGAAACCCAUUUCGUUAAGCGGAAACCUCCUUUGGCUAGCAACUGACGUAGCUGAUCGACCAGUCGACUUGCUUGUUGGUUAUCUUCCACAGACUUCAAGCAGUCAUCAACAUAGAAAUUUCUUCUCACCGUCUGAAUGGUGUCUUUAUCAAAAUGUUCCGCAUUGUCUUCAGCCGUUUUCUGCAGUGCAUAAUUCGCACAACUGGGAGAUGAAACUCCCCCGAAAAGGUGAACUAGCAUUUGAAAUUCUUCUGGUUCUUUGUCCAUUUCACCACUCGGCCACCACAGGAAACGGAGGUACCUGCUAUCCUCUAUUGGUACGCGCACUUGAUAAAACAUCUUCUCAAUGUCAGCCAUGAUGGCUAUGGGCUGUUCUCUAAAUCUUGUUAGGACUCCAAUGAGCGAGUUGGUUAAAUCAGGUCCUUGCAAAAUCUGUUGAUUGAGCGAGACAUUCUGGAAUUUUGCGGCACAGUCAAAGACCACCCGGACCUUAUCGGGCUUUUGUGGGUGAAUGACGGGGUGAUGAGGUAGAUACCAUGAGGGUGAAUCCUCUCGCUGACCUUCAGGAACUUUCUGUGCAUGUCCUUUGUCAAACAAGUCAUCCAUAAAUAAAGAAUACUUCCGGUGUAGUUGGGGAUCCUUCAGCAGCCUCUUCUUCAGCAACCCAAGACGAUGUUCAGCGACGAUCUUGUUGUUGGGCAGAUCUGGAGGGAAGACCUUCCAAGGAAGCGCAACUUCGUAAUGACCACCGCGGAGCUCAGCAGAAUCCUCCAUUAUGGCAAGGGCUCUCUUGUCAUCUUGAGACAAUCCUUUCUCAAUGCUGAACUGCGAAUCAUUAAAUUCCAUUUCACAGAAACGUACAAACUGCUGGUCCAAGACAACAUGAGACUGGAUACGGUUUGAAGUACGGGCUGCCUUACUUGCCCUACCGAGUGGGCCAUUGAUGGUCCAUCCUAGCAGUGUUCGCACGGCAUAAGGACCACCAUCUUCACUUCUCUGCACUUCAUGAGGUUCAAGAAGUUUGGGUACAUCAUUACCUAUGAGCAAUUCGAUGUCGGCAUCAAUGCAAGGUAGGUCGAUAUCUUUCAGGUAGAACCACCUUUCCACAUCACUUUGAACCGGCAUAUCAUCAACGGUGACUGGAAGCUUGACUCGUGAGAAAACAUUUGACAGUUCAACGACAUUACGUCCUUGCAGAUCAGAAACUUCCAAAUUGACCACUAGACUUUCACUCUUAACAUCAUCACUAUCCAUGGUAGUUAAAGACAGCAUCGCUUUUCUACCUGUUGCACCUAGACGUUCUAUCAACUUGUCAGUGCAAAAUGUAGUGUUCGACCCUGGAUCCAGAAACGCGUAGGUUUGAACCAUCUUCUCCCUUCCCUCGGCUCUGACAUUAACUGGAACUAUGGCAAGUCCUGUAGCUGAUGCUCCGGCCCCAGUCGCACUACACACUCCUUCACAUGCUACCAUUUCAGUGAAACAGCUUCGGGCUUGGCCAUUCUGAUUCUCAUUCUCCGUGUUGCUCGACUGGGUCUCAGAUACUGAUGGAGUUGGUGCUUUGACUGGUUUGUCAUUCCUUGGGUGUAAGAACGUAGAAUGUUUCCGAUGACCUAUCUUACAUCCGACAAUCUGGCAGAAGCUUUUCUUGGGGCACGACAUCGCCAUGUGUCCCGCAACAAGACAAUUAUCACACAGUCCUCUACUACGCACAAAACUAAUUCGCUCAUCAACCGACUUUCCUCUGAAAAGCUGGCAGCGUGACAGCCAAUGACUCUCCUUACACAAUGGGCACUUGACGUUCGACUUGUCAGGCGCACGUUCAGUGUUGUCCUUAGGUGGGUCAGUAGUACCUUCCGGGGUGGUUCCUUGUGUCGUGAAAGCAGAACCUUUGUGCUCCUUUGAUGGUGUUCUGUACCUUCUUUUGGAACCAAUGCCUACAGCGUUGUUCUUGUCAUCAUUCGAGUGGAUGUCCCCAAACACUGGAUGGUUGGCUAUUCUAGCCUUUGCUUCAACAAAUUCUGCAACAUCUCCGAUAGUGACCUCUCUUUUCAGCUCUUCAUUGAUGUAAUCAGCCUUUUCUCUCCAUCUCUGUCUUAGCCAAAGUGGCAACCUUCCAAUGAUCCUUUGGAGAGUGUCAGGGUUUUCAAUUUUGUUUAGGUAUCCAAUUUCCUUGAGAGAGUUCUUACAACUUGUAAGUACAACCGAGUACCUUUGCAAAGCAGGACCAUCAUCUGACUUAAUCUGAGGAGUUUUCGUUACUCGAUCAAUGAGGGCAGUUGCUAUUUUGUAGCUUUGACCAUAUCUAUCCUUAAGGAGUGCUCUUGCAGUCUUGUAGCCUUCUUUGGGAUCCAUCGAUAAACAGCUUUGCAUUAACUCCUUCACUUCUCCUGAUGUAUAUUGAACGAGAUAGUACAAACGUGAGUUCGGGCUGCUUGUCUUUGACUCUAUUAAAUUUUCAAAGGCUCGCACGAAGUCAGAGUACUCAACAGGAUCACCCGAAAACACAGAGAUUUCAGGCUGUGGCAAUGUCAUGGCUAAUGUUUGAAGCUGGUGCUGUUUCAGCAAUUCCUGAAGCUGUUGAUUUUGUUGUUGUUGCAUCUUCUGGACUUCAAUCACGUGACUGACAUUCUUGUCACUUAGAUCUAGGUGUUGUUCCAAUAAUCCACCUUCAGCACUUUCACCAUUAAUCGCAGAGGGUGAGCAUCCGUAACCUUUCCAUACAGGGGCGUCUGGGUUUAGUGGACUGCAUUUAACCUCUUGAUUUUCCUCUGUCUGAUGAACUGGAGCUUCCACAGUUUCCUUCUCUUCGACUUGACCUGGAGUGGAAGUUGCAAAUUGACCUGCUAGUGUCAGUGUGUGACUUUCUUGGCCUUCAGGCAUAUCCACGGUGCUCUCUUUCUUGGUUGCAUGUAAAGUCGGUAACUGACUUGACAGUGUUGACAGACGUCGCUCCUCACAAUAACUGUACACCCUUUCUUCAGCGUCGGCCUUUGCUAACUUAGUUUCCAACUCAAAAUUCUCUUUCUUCUGCUUCAACAAGAGUUCUUCUAACUGAAUGUCCUGCCGUGUCUUCAAUGCAGCUACUUCCACUGACAAGGCAGCUUUCUUAGCAGAGGCUCUCAACCCUGCACUUGAAGCGGUGCUUGACUGUGAGAGACUGGAACUAGCGCUAGAUUUAGACUUGCGCCUCCUAGAACUUGCAGCAGACUUCGAUUUCGUAGAACUAAUAUUACUGAUAGAGUCUUCCGGAUGAAGACUGAUGGCAAGAUCUAAUUCUUCUUGGAGCUUAAACUGAGCAGAUUGCAACCAGACAUCAAAUGACUGAAACACCGCAGUUCCCAUACGUUUCACUGAUUCAAAAUACUCGAUCGAGUCCCGAAUUGCACUUUCAUCAGUCAACUCAGCGUGAUACUUAUCAUGUGCUUCGUUAAAAUGUCUCAUAGCUACUUCUAAAUCAAGAAACUUCGCUCUAACCUGAUCAACAUUGUCAGAGCUCUUCAUUAGCUCAAGUAAUUCGCGCUGUCUUCUGGUGACGGCCGCCUUUGAACCGGACCUACUACGCUUUAAGCGAAGAAUUCUCUCGUGAACGGCUCCAUCGACGUCGACAGUUUUGGUUUUCAACCCACGUAAGUCCAUCUUACUCUACAAUCGAUCCACAAGCGAAGAAACAAAUUAUCGAUAACACCAAUCAAUCAAAGAACGGAUAAAUCCAUGGCACAAUCGACGAAAAUCCAAGACGAUCCACAGCGAAACCAGCGUAUCCUUCUAACGCAAAUGUAGACUUAAAUGUUCAUAUGAAUUUAUUCCAAGGAGAUUCGGACCAAAGAUUCGUUACAAGGAUCUGGUUAGACUACGAAAAACAAAACGAGUGUGAAUAAAAGGAAGAAAGAUGAAAAUACUUAGCGACAACAUACUUACAGGAUUUGAAGGCUCGAAGGAAACGUGAAAAGACUUUAGGCCGUGUGAACGAACAGAACUCGACUAGAACUUUACCUCAAGAUUUUCGAGCGAGCACAUGCCCCAGACCAUAAUAUUACAACGACAUAUAAAUGACGUAGUUCUUCUACCAGUCCCGCGCGGGCAAAAGACGGGAAAAACUUAACAGAUACAAGAAGAACGUUUUGAAACCUACAUUGGACAUUCCACUAUAACUUAUACUGUCAACUUCAUCAGUACCAUUCUUGUUACUGCUGCGAUGAAUUUCAUUUUAUCAUAAUGCCAUCCAAUCUUACACCUCACAGUAUCAGCCGAAUUCUAAGCCAGAAGUUGCCAAAGUUAAACUACCUUUUAAAUUUUCUACAGAUGAUAUUGACUGCUCAAGCCAGGCGGAAAAUCCACCAAGUAAGUAGAUAACUCUUUUUACUGAUAAAUCAUCCGUUCUAUUUUGAAUUGCUUAAUAAUCGCUAUCGAUCACUCAUAUAUUUGAUUCCCAACUUGUAAAGUGUUACUAUCAUGUAUCAUUUUUACCAGCAAGUUGUCACGAUCUUUUUGCCGCGCCUCUUUCUACAUUCUAAAUCCGAAGAUGAUUAAAUAAAGGUAGAAAACUGAAUUUGACAAUGCUAUCGACACUGAAAAACGACUUCAGUAGCGCCUACGACAUAAAAUGAUGGAGCCCCAAAAUCAGUAUUGUCAAAUUCGAAACAUUACACAUUAAGUGUGUGACAGGUACACCAGAACUACCAGAUGAGUUAUUUUGGACGUUUAUUAAUCGAAGUAAGUUGAGGCUUUUUCUUAAUUUUCAGAUUACUGUAGCGAAAACACUAAGCUAAAGGAAGUAUCUGGAGUCCUGUCCAGUCCUAAUUUUCCCAACAACUAUGACGCGGGCGAGUACUGUUUGUGGGAAAUAUCUGCCCCACAGGGGUACCGUAUACAGGCUGAAGUCCGUUGGUUUGGCGUCGAGGAUCAUCGAUACUCUCGUCCAGGGCGCUGUGGAGAUGAUUAUCUGGUAAUAACUGAGUACCUUGGUAACACUUCUGACGACAAUAUUGUGGCACGGCUGUGCGGAUGCAAGCAGACCUAUACCUACAUUUCUCCAAAGGAAAAGAUGUGGUUUUCUUUUACCUCGUAUAAAAAAGCCAACUGGCCUGGCUUCUAUGUGAGCUACCAAGUUCUCGGUGAGUAUACACUAGCGGUAAGUUAUUACGUACAGUGCGACUACUAGAACGUGGGCAUUUAAAAGAAGAUUAUCCAAUCACAACGUUUUUGGAAGGGAAAAGAUUCUCAAGUUUUGUUUUUUGGAAUCAGCGCAACCCAUACAGUAGUUAGUUAGUCAGCUCACGUUGACCAAAUUUAGAAGACGUUUGCCAAUAUUAUAGAACAAUUGGCGUCAAUUGUACAGAUAUCGAUAGAAAAAGGGACUGAGGACAGAAGAGGGCGCGGUAGGUCAGCUGUUUUUGCAGGCAGAGGUAGAAAAAACGAUGUAAGAUUUCUCAGGUCAUGUGAGGAUGAAAAAGCUGAUCUACUGCCAAAAAUAGUGUAAGAGAAAGACGAAAGUGCUGAAAUUCGUUGUUUUGUUUUUGUAGAAGUAUAGUUAGUAGUUAGUAGUUAAAUUUGUGUGAAUUUUUUGAGAAAGUAAUCUAAAAUUGUGGAAAAGCCCUUCAGAAGCAUAGGAAAAAUGUAAGAAAUUAAGAAAGGAAAGUUUUCACUGAAUUUCACUGAAUAUCGUUGCAGCUCCUGAGGAAUGUCCGGCAGAUAAGACCAAUUGCUCAUUGAAGACUAUGGCUCCAGUAGGUUUUAACGCACAAGGGCAAGUCUGCAGUUUUCCAGGUACUGAUUUAUCCGCUUUGUAUUAAUAACGAUAAACCUUAUCUUUAUUUUUUAUGAUUAAUUAUAUAUUGACACUAGAGCUCUAGCCCAAGUCUUGUGUUUAAUUUAGUUUGGUGCAAUAAAAACUUCAAAAUAAUGGGGAUGGUACCAUAAAUGUUACCUCGAUCAAAUUAAUGUCUUGCAAAGUGUAUUCAUUCCAAAUUGUUUCUUUGAAAAUGGUUAUAUCUCACAUUCACAUAUUCUCAAAAAGAGAAUUCCAAAGUGUUGGUUCGAAAUUCGAUUCCUUGUGAUUGUUAGAUAAGCACAUGUCCCAAAAAUCAAAGUUAAAGGCAUAUGCGUCCAAGAAAAAGACCAAUGGUAAAAUAAAUCAGAGUAGAAAAACUAGUAACAAGAGAAUCAAAUUAUCUGGUCGCAUGAUCGACUACGCCCUCUAUCGUUUGAAUAUUGUGAACAACGAUUCCGACCACUUGCUACAUGGGUAACUUCAUUUUCCCUGCACGAAAACAUUGACCAUACAAUUGGUGUCUACAAAAUCAGCUAGAAAUGGGUCGAACUGUCAUAAUGUUAAAUGCAAACAGGAUGAUGUAAAAUGGUGUUAGUUUACUGGUGCCAGUUCACCUCUAAUAAAGAUUUUGGAUUGGGAAAAGGCAACUUCUUUAAAGAAAACUAUUAGUAGCCAUUUUUGAAAUUCACAGAGGAAAAGACUUUCGCUCUCUUGAACUGGUGGGAGUCUAAAAUUGUUUGGAUAAAAUAGGGCGUGGCCGGACAUAUGAUGCCGGUUUAAACACUUUCCUGAAUAAAAAUUGAGGCCAUAAAUCUUGGUUUUAAUUAACCUUAAACUGUUAUUUGACUUUAAAAUACAGCUUGAAAACAUCAACAACCUUAUUAACAGCCAAGAAAUGCAUAACACAAACACUUGCUACAUUUAGAAAAACCUAUUAGAGGCAGGCAUUGUUGGGACGCUACAUACAUGAACUGAUACAUCGUAGGACACUUUACAAGGAAAUAAAAGAGAUUUACAACAUGGGAAGAAAAGGCUGAUAACUAGGCCCUCCCCCGAAUCUACUUGUGUUUUGAGAAAAGUUUUGGAACUUCUUUAGGCCUGUGUAAUUCUGGAAGUCGUGCUCAGGAAAAUUCCUAGCAAGUGCCGAACAUUUCCAGAAAUUAACCGGACUUUCUGAAAGUUUAGAAAUGGUCCUUGGAAUUUUACUAAACUCGAAAAGCCCAGGGUAAUUUCCACCCCGUUUUCUGUUCAAGGAAAAAAAACACCUCAUGAUCAUUCCCUAUCAUUUUAAUUUGAAUUAUUUUUUCAAAAUUUUAAAAGAAAAAUGGCAACUUUCAGUUGUUUGAGCAACCACUUGCCUUUCAUUUUCAGAAUCAGGGAUAGACGUUUUGUUUCGAAAUACAAAACCCUUCUCUGUUGCUCUGUUGAAAAGUAGCGUUUCUUCAUAGUAUUUUAACUUGGUCCAAUUUUUUUGUAUUUCACAUGAUCGUUAUUCCAAAGAAUAUUAAGUACGGGAAUUGUCUUGAAUUUUACCUUUUAGCCCCUCCAUCUACAACCAGUGGACAGGUGAUGACAUCUUCAGCAGUACCUUCCUUGCACCCAAGUUCGGAGACAUCUUUGCCGAAGAAAAGCACUCUUGCCGUACAGGAAAUCGCCUCAGCAAUAUCUUAUUCAGAAAGUUCUCUGACUGGAAGUUAUAUGCGGCAGUCUUCAGCCAAGGCUAGCAGUCAAGCUGAAAAAGCAAGUAAACUGGUGGAUAAAAACACGGAAGCGCUGUCGUUAGUAUCAGGCUCUACUGAAUCUGCAAACGAAGCAAAAAUUUCUGCGCUUAAAACAAGAACGUUAAUAACAUCGCCCCCAACACAUCGUGGCUUGAUCUCUGACGCAAAAUCUUCCAAAAAUGUUGAAAGCACGAGGAGGCUUUUUAUGACUUCUCGGACUUCUCCAACCGGAAGGUCAUCUUCCAGAGAGGUUGCAGUUCCACAAAAACCAACUGUAGUGAUCAGUCCCUCACCUGUAGCCACUUCAACCUUAACAAUGAGAGAUCGAGAUCAAGAGAGUACCAUAACAUCUAGCAUGUUAGGUAUGAGUGAAGAUACCUUCGGAACAACGAAAGCUAAUUUCCGAUCCAAUCACACGAAGAUUCUUGAUCACGCCACAAACUCUGUUAAAUUGACGCAAACGGUAACUGGCAUUUCGGGAGCAUCUGUUGUUGAGGUGAAAGAAAGUGACACUGACGCCCGUGCAGUUGGUCUAUUAAAGAUUUCAAGAAGCUCGUUAUUCUCUGCCGAAUCAAUUGAAAUGAAAGUAUCAACAAUGGCCAGCUACACGACUGAAAAUAUUAAACUGAGUGUUUCUGGUGAAACGAAGGCCUCUAGGACGACGGACCGUAAGUAUACCGUGACGCCUGGAGAAACCAUGGUCGAAUGGCUGCCAUCUACAACUGUCCAUCAGAGUAGUAUCUUAGCUGUUCGAGGUACAGAACCUGUUCUAAAGACGACGUCACUGGCUGGACCUCUAAGCGUGGUUUCUCAUCACAGUGACUACGUGACCUCUACGAGUCAAAGUAUUAUCAUUCAACCAAGCGAAACAAGUGAGGAGUCAGAGGACACUCCGCACGCAACGUCGGUUAUUGUAACACAAAAACCACAAUCUAACACAACAGAUGUCCUUUUCAUCGAAGGUGCACCUGAAGGUAAGGAAAACCCUGAUGUUUUGCUGAUUACAGGCACAAAUGUUUUUUCGCCCAAUGUAAUAGAAUCCGGAUUCUGGAAUCCGGGACAUUUUUGCUCGUGAAUUCCGGAAUCCUGCAAUUUUUCUUGUGGAAUUCGGAAUCCUGGGCUUCGGAAUCCGGGACACAGCUCAAGGAAUCCGGUGCGGAUUCCAUUAACUAUUGAAAUCCGGAAUCCAUGCUCCACUGACAAAGAAUACUGGAUGCCGGAAUCCACGUCGUGCAAUCCAGAGUCCAAGUCAGAAUGUCUUGGAAUCCCUUACAUGGGGUGAUUUUUUUUUUCAGAAUCAAUUCAUCCAACAGCUGAAAACGCUUACAAGCCGUGAAUUGCUGCCAUUUAAAACUAAGAUUAUAAUCUGUUAUUUACCAGCUGGACAUAAUUUUGCUGGAUAAAAUUUAGACCCAACUGAGUCGCGUCAUCUCUGUACGUAUCACUUGCUACGAGUAAGGGCUUCCCAUUAUAUUAGCCCAAAUAAAGUCAUAAAGUCUCGACGUUGGGGUGGUGGUAGGGUUGUCCUGCAAUUACUGCGCACAGAGUUGCACUUACAUUUUGAAAGGAGCAAUAAGAAUAAGCGUAAGAGAGACGAAACAAUCAAUCUUGGCAAUUUUAGUCUUAGAUGCUACGAUAUGUUUGGUCCUUACCAUUUACACAAACCACCCGGUUGGAAAUCUUGUGCAUAAUCAUAAAAUUGUUAUACUGACGUGGUAGGAGAACGACCCGCUACAAAGUGUAUUCAAAUUAGCUGAACAUACUGAGAAGAGCAGAAAAAUUGCAACUCUUCAAGUUACAGCCCACAUUUUCUGAAGUUUCCCAAACGGAAUAGUCUACUCCACAGCCGUUCUUUGUGUCGUAACGCACCGCAUUCAAUCCCUGUAGUAAAGUAGUUACUCUGACUCAUAACUUGACUUAAUAUCUGGACACAAGAAGAGAAUCAACUGAUCACUGAUAGAUUGGAUGUAAUCACCGCUUGGUAAGGCUUGACUCAACCACGAAUUCAGUGGGUUUCGAUUUCAAGGAGAAACAUUCUUCUCAUGUUUGUGAAACCAGGCCAGCAGGUUCCCUUCCAAGUUUGCAUUCAUUUGAUGAGCUUAACUAUUUUAAGACGCAGUCACGUGACUCACCCUUGCCUUGUAACUGUCAAAAUGUUUCACUGAAAAUGGAUAAUACUUAACCAAACUGUAUACGCCUUAUUUCUUCGUUUUUCUAUGGCUCCUGGUAGGGGUUUUUGUCUGCCGCCUUUUAGUCAUGUCCAUGUGUUAUCUAAAACCGUCAGUUGAGUAAUACAGGUCACCUGACUUAACAAAUGUACUGAUAACUGAUAACGCAUAGAACGAAUUCCGCGUUAAAAGGCGGAGCCCUGUUGAGAACGGUCUUAAGGCUACUUUAACAUCGCAAAGUUUCCAAUUUUGAAUUUGCAAUGUACCCCAUUUGAAGGAACACGUUUUGUAACGUCAUCAGGGGCAGGAAAUCACGUGAUUUUAUAUGACACUUUUAUUCCAUCAAACACGUCAAAUGUUAUUUAUCCUCAGUUUCACGACUGAAACGAACUUAUUCUUACGAGUUGCAAGCGUGAUGUCUUAAAAAUCUACUAGGUUCCCCUAUAUUAAAAACUCGUGCCUUGACAAGAAUGCUCGGGAUAAAGACUGAGGAAGUAAACCAGGACAUCCGUUACUAAAAACUCUUUUUGUACCAACAGGAAUAUCGGUCAAAUGCACUCACUAUGCAAUUGAAAUAAUAAUAUCAAGAAUCCAACAGCCCAAAUUGGACAUCUCCACAGUCCAUCUCCAAGACCCUUUGUGUAAGGUCACCUCCUCUAAUGAUACGCAUGCUCUCUUAACGUCACCGCUUGAAAGUUGUGAUACUGAGCAAAGGAUGUCGAAGUUCUACUUUAUAUACUCGAACAGCUUAACGGGAGAUACACGGUUUGGUGACACCCCUAAAAUUACCAGGGAUGGCCGACUCAAGUUCGAGUUCCAGUGUCUAUAUAGACGGAUUCAUGUCCUCUCAAUUGUUUCAUAUUCACCGAGGCGAAAAGAUGCGCAAACGGAUGGUAAGUUGUAAUAUGAUUAAAGUUUUUAAAGUUGAAUUUCACUUAGAAUUAAGUGGGUUGAAAAAAUUCGGCUCAAAUUGGCCGAUAACUAUUAAAGAUAAACUUUUAAUAAUAACCAGACACCUAAGGGCAUGAAAAUCUAAACUCUUUUACUUGCAGCCCUUAGCUCCCUGGUAUUUUUAUUGACAUUCUGAUUAUUUCAACAGAAUAUGCUUUUAUAUUUCAGGCGAUGGCGUAGGUAAUUUUUCCUUUGGAAUGGACUUGUAUGAAGAUUCUAAGUACGAUGUAGUGGUGAGCCAAUACCCUUUCAAUGUACAUCCGGGCCAAACAAUAUUUUUCAAGGUUGAUGUUAAAUCAAACGACCGAGAGCUGGUGGCCUUUCUCGAUGAAUGCUGGGCGACACCUUCAACUAAUCCACGUGAUCAGACGAGAUAUACAAUAAUUGAAAAAGGGUUAGUAUGAGAAAAACAACAGAUCCGCUUCUGAGUAAAGGUAGCAAUUUAACCCUUUAUGCCUCAGUAUCAACAUACAAAUUCUCCAAACUGAUCUCUAUAUAUUUCCUUAAAGAAUUAGUUGAGAGAAUUUGAUAAUAGAUCGAGGAAUUUUCUCUUGGGUGAUCAUUUUAUUUAUUAUCACAACGUAUCUCUUAACAGUGUAUGGAUAUUGCUAGGAGAAAAUUGAUUUUGGAUACUAUUAGGACUUAAAAGGUUAAUGAUGUGAAUGGUGCGCUCACCAAUUGAGGAAAUACAAAACCCCACCGGACGAAACAAUGGAUUAGCUGAAAUUUGCUCCUUGCAAAUAUGUCGCAGAUUUGUAAAAUAAGGAGUAAAUAUGGUGCGAAGAUGGCAAAUACCCCAUUUGCGUACCAAAAAAUUAAAGCAGGGUGUGUAUCACUUACUAGUAACUAAGCAAAUGCGGUAUUUACUAUCUUUGCCCCAGAUUUACUCCUCCGUUUUUACAAAUUUGCGACAUAUUUGUGAGUAGCAAACUUGUGCGAAUCUUUUUUUCGUCCAGUGACCUGAAAAGCCAUCUGACGUCAAUAACUGCUGUAAUCUGCGCGGCAGACGUAAUCAAACGCCUUUAUUUAAUGUCAGCCGAAGCAGUGCUGAGAUCCUUGGAAUUCCUGUCAUCCUGAUUGGCCAAUCGAAUAAUGCCUCUUUUUACUGGCAACCGUGGCACAUAUUCAAAUCUUGGUACACAGCUGGGGGCUGGAAGAUGCAGAUUUUUACAGACUAGUUUACUAUUAGAUCGAUUCUCCCGCAAAUUUUGAAAAUCGAAUAAGUCUUAAAAAUCACAGUAAUCAAAAAUCGGAGACUAGAAAGCAAUAUUUCUGAUGUUUUGAUAGCCUUAAAAUCAUCAUACUAUUGAUGCUCCCGAACACGUAACGGCGCUUCCAUUCUGUGAGGAAAAGUGCUCCCAACGAUGCUUAAAAUAGCUUGAUCCGUGAAAAUGCCAUUGCAUAGGCUAAGUCAGGGAGUUGCACGCUUGGGUUAUGAGCUCCUCUUACUACACAAUCUUGGUGGCAGAAGGGUUAUUAACAUAUGUUUUUAAUUAAUCUAUUUUUAGUUGCCCACGUGAUUCUACCAUUAAGUACAACUACGAAAAGUCAGCGAUACAAAAGUUUAGCAUGAAGGCUUUCAAAUUCAGUAGCUUUCCAACAUCUCGAGUUUAUGUUCACUGCAAUGUUGAGACAUGCAGGAGGACGGACACAGAUUCAGUGUGUGAAACGGGCUGUGUGGAAAACGGGAGACGCAGAAGAGAAAACAAACCAUAUAUUAUGGACAAAGAAUUAUUUUUAUCGCUAGGACCCGUUAAAUUACAACAGAAAAAACCUGGUAAGUAGGUUAAGCUACAUGUUUAACAACAUUCUUCAUUUCCCCGUCUCUCAUUAUGCACCUGACCCCUCCCCCCCCCCCCUUGCCCCAGACUUUUACAUAGGUUGAUACCAUGCAACAGUUGAAAACUUAAAAACCGUUUGAACUUAUCUGACCUCUCAGGAAACACCUUGUUGAUUUGAUGAAUGUCAUUGGUUCGUUUGCCAAAAAAAUUGAGAAUCUUUUGUUCUCAGAAAACUUUAUGAUUGGACAAUCUUCGUUCAAGUGUCCCGGUUUGAGUGUCCACUCUGUAAUAUCUGCUCGUCUUUAAAGACGUUUAACCUUUCUCUGACGUCAGCCUUGUGUUUCGUUAGCUCAUGUGCGACGACCAAUCACAGCGCUCUAAACAUCCAAGUAACUAAGAUAUCUAAUGAUAGAUGGUAAUGAUGUCUAUCUUCCAAAUCGUAGUGGGCUGUCUUUUCAUGACAUUUUUUCUUUACAUAGUUAUGGGCGUGGGAGGGUUGUGAGGGAGGGGGGCGAUGGGUGGGUGUUCGGUAUAGGGUCUAAGUAUUGACUCAAGUAACUCCUGACUAUAACUAGAAGCAAGGAGGGUUUAUGCCUUCUAAAUGUAGUUGAUAUUUUUCCUUAUGUCUUCCGAGUAAUGAUUGAAUUUUGGUAUCUUUUCAUUCAGCUGAGUCCCAGAUGUCUUUUGUUCAUUUCAAAGCCCUCAUUGGAUUGCUGGGAGUUACUACUCUUAUUCUACUUACUGCAAUAGUCGUUAUAUUGAUCAAAGGAAGAAAGCGAGGUUACAAUACCUGCAUUUGGUUCACUUCAAGAGCACAAAAGUCUCAAGACGGGAACGAAACCAAUUCCAAGCUAAUGACAACGGAACUUUGA